AUGUGGAAACGACUACAGGGACAUAUCCGUGAUGGACAGUUCCGCGACAAGGACAGGCAGAUUGGAAGUCCCGUCCUCGUUGAAACGACUUACGACGAGGAUCAGCUCAGGCACAUUCCUAACAUCAUCCAAGCGCAAAAUGCCAGUAACCAAUUUUAUGCACCACCCCCGCAACCCUACGCGGAUCUUCCCCCACCGCAGUACGGUCACCAGUACAGAACAUCAGAAGUACCCACGGUUUCUUCCGUUUACUCGCAGCCUUCUCCUGAGUUGAGAUACGACCGCCGCAUCCCUGCAGGCGAGGCGCGUUUUGACGUAUCUCCACCAAGCUCACCGGAACCCGACGAGGACCAGCAACAAAAUCCAGGCCAACCUCGAAGGUUCCGAUCAAUGCGUGACGUUUCUCCUGUCGAUGAAAACCGAGGAAGAGGAGGACCUUCACCACGGGGCGGCAGCAACAUUCCUGUCAUGCGCAAAGCUCCUCCAGGCCUUCGAAAUCCGGAAACUGCGAAUACGCAGAAGUUCUGGGGAGGUAAAGUUGCGCCCAAUAGCAAAGUUCUCUGGGAUGAGUAUUCUGGCGAACCGACAUCCAGUAAUGCUGGCAAAGCUGCGCGGGUCACUCCGGGUUCCUAUCAAAAAGGUACAUCCCCACCUUCAGCACGUCUGCGCGAGACUGGAUACGAUGUGAGCGCGACUGGAAACUCGCGAAGAAACCAGUCUCUCGCAGAACGAGCCAAUCGUUACGGCGCAAAGCCCGCACCGGUUGAUACCAGGCCCCGGGAGCCAUGGAGCCGCGCAAGUGGGCGCACGGAGAUCGUGAGACCAUUCAAAGACCAACCCUCCGACAAGCCUUUAGAUGUACGGAAAACGAGAACCGCGCGCGCAGAAGAGUUUGAGAAGGAUGCGUCAAACUCGCUUAUGACAAACGCAGCACGUGUUCCUGAGCGAGCUGAUACCGCGCCCGUCGCAGACUACCCAGCCGCACAUGAUACGCAUGAGGAACCCAUCAAGCCCGUAGUUCCACUAAAAGUUGCCAGAACGUCCCCUCCCCGGGAACUCGCAUCUCCCACCUCUCCGCAUAAUCCAGGGUCCUCCAACCCUUACGCUUACAGCCCGAUCACGCCCACAAACAAACAAUUCUCAACAGGAGCGACAAACGGGGAGACCCAGGCGAAGGCCGAACCAGUACAACCUGAACCGACGACACCGACUGCUAAGGGUCCGAAAAAAUCAUUCGACGGCACACCAGGAUCGACAGGAAGCAAAGAUAGAGGACCGGAUAGUCGCUUCUCGUGGACAACGUACAACAGCAGCACAACGUACCAGCAUUCGCCUCCACCCUCUCCGCCUCCCCCAAUACCGACAUCUCGCGUCCCCAGUGAGCCGGCUUCUGCUGCAUCGGCAAUCCUCAAUCGCAAACGGCCUUCUACUGUUGCUCGCAAACCUGUCGCCUCUGUCGCAUCUACUGCUACUAUAGAGUCAGCACGCAACACCAUGAUCUCAAACGGACCACCAUCCCCACGGGCAGAGUCCACCUUCUCCACCAGCACGCACAAGGCUCUGCCCCGGCCACCCACAGAACUUGCAGCCGCCGAUCACAUCGAGAUUCUGGAGUCGCAAAUGGAAGAUCUGAAGGUUCGACGAAACAACGUCUAUCGGCUUUUGAAUGACCUUAAUAACAUGGCCCCACCUAACCCGAUGGUCACGGACUUCAAAAGGAUGCGGUUGGUCGAGCAGCGAAAGAAGGACUUCGCGGAUGAAUUGGCGGAGAUUAAGCGGGAGGAACAUGAUGUCGGCUUGAAGCUGCAUCGAGCGUGGCGGAAGAGGGAGAUGGCUGAUCCCGGUAGCGAAAGUGCGCUGUGGAUUCGCAGGGUCACGUCGUGA